AUGGAUGCAAUUUGCAAAGGAGGAUUAGUUGAUAAACCUUUGGUUCUCUUCUCUGAAAUGAUUGAUAAUUCGAAGAUUGUACCGGAUGUAGUUCCUUACAAUACUUUGAUUAAUGGGUUUGGCAAUUCAGGCCGGUUAAAGGAGGCAAAGAGACUGCUUGAGGUGAUGGCUACUAGAGGAAUUUCUGCAGAUUUGACAACUUACAAUACUUUAAUUCAUAGUCACUGUGUACACGAUUCACAUUGUAAAGAUGGGAUGUUCAAAUUGAUGGAGGAGAUAAACAUCCCACCUGAUCAUAUUACCUAUAAUUCAAUGAUGGACGGUCUAUGUUUGGUAGGUCGGCUGGAAGAAGCGAUUAAACUAUUUGACUCGAUGGUGGAUAGGGGUCUGGAGCCAGAGGAGUUCCACUACAAUGUGUUACUCGACGGGGCUAUACCGAGAUGGAAGAUGCAAGCUUUUGGUCAAUCUCCAGAUGAAGUUGUGUGUAAUGCAGUGUUGAACGGAUUAUGCAAGAACGGAAACAUGGAGGAAGCAAUAGAAUUGUUUGAAUCCUUGGAGAGUAUUGGAUGCUGGAAAGAGAAUUUGUACCGAGUGAUUGCGUUAGUAAACACUCUUUCUGCAGAUGAGUGGUUUGUUUUUCUUUCUGUGGAAGUAAUUGUUAAGAAAUAA